GACUCAUCCAUUCAUUGGACGAGUGUUUGUGUGUUUGAAAGAAGCGCUCAUUUGUGUCAUUAGUCGUUGAGAAGGAGUCCAUAAAAGACAAUAAGUUUUCACAUUUAGUCUCAUUUAAACGCUAAACAUAUACUACUUGUGGACACAAGAAGUCAAUUAUCUCAUCGCUAACUCAUCGGCCAAUCAAUGGACCCUUCGGUGACGUCUGACGCGACGCCGAUGUCUGAGGCGGUAAUGUCUGCUGCGGUCGACGAGUUCUGCUCAAUCACUGGAGCGACCGCAUCGGUGGCGCGAACAGCGCUCGAGUCGUGUAACUGGAACCUCGAGUUAGCCAUCAAUAUGUUUGUCGAUCAAAACGACCUGCAAAUGGACUCCGGUGUGAGUCGAGCGCCCGCUAAUCGCAAUCCCUCCACACCUCAAGAGUCCAAUACAUUUGAUUCACUGCAAGAAGAUAACAUUCGGCCGCCUAUUCCUCCGGUGCGUCAGGUGUUGGUCGAUGACUAUCCGGGCUCUUCGUAUGGCGGACCCACUUUGCGUCGACCCAACUCUAACUCAGUGUUUGACGCCUUCCGGGACUUCGAACAGGAGGCCAGAUGGCACGAACAGCAGAUGGAAACCGACGCCAACAAUCCCUCCAACUCUUCCACUGAUAACAAGCGGCGGACACUCGAAGACCUAUUUCGGCCUCCACUGGACCUCAUGUUUAGAGGAACUCUUGAUAUGGCUAAAGAUGAGGGACAGAGACUUAAUAAGUGGCUUAUGGUUAACAUUCAAAAUCACAGAGAAUUCUCGUGUCAAGUCCUCAACAGAGAUGUGUGGAGUAAUCCCACCGUUAAGAGCGUUGUUACCGAACACUUCAUUUUCUGGCAGUCAUAUCACGACAACAGCGAAGGCCAGAGGUUUAUGCAGUUCUAUAACGUGACUGACUUUCCUUAUGUGGCGAUUCUCGACCCGAGAACUGGAGAGAAGUUGCGUCAGUGGACAACCAUAGAUCCGGUGUCUUUCUGUGAUUUGGUCACUGAAUUCCUUCAUGACUUGCCGUCGCCGUCGGGUUCGCCCGCAAACGUUCACAACUCUAACUCCAACUCAACUCUCGUUCGCAAAUCCAGUGACGAAAAGGCGCUUUACGAAGAGAGCGAAGAAAUGCAGAUAAAGGCUGCGAUCGCCGCCUCAUUGAAAGAAGUAUCUAAAGGCGAAGUUCACAGCAAUAACCAUACGGUUAAUGAUGUCGAUGACAGUGAUUUCGAAACGUUUGAUUCCGAUAACGAAGACUUUAGGGCCCAAUCGAAUGCCUCCAAAACAAACGCCUCCUCUUCAGCGCUCAAUACCAAAGAGUCGAGUCUUUCGGACAACAGUUCACAAGAGAGUAAACCCAAAGAAGAGGAAGAAGUGAUAGAAGAUUACAAACUAUACUUAGGGCCACAAAAUGGUUCCAAAUUCGAAUUCGUCGUCAGAUAUCCCGACGGGAAUCGAGAGAACGUUAUAUUCCCUUCAGAUUCACAAUUAAAGGCAUUAUUUUUAUACCUCUCUUCGAAGGGCUAUAAUAUGAAAGAUUACGAUUUGAUAACAAAUUUCCCCAAAAGGAAUCUAAAAGAAUUCUUUACCAACGAUUCCAAUGGCACUCUGGAAUCGGCAGGAAUUCAUUCGAGAGAUACAUUGUAUGUUCAGCACAAGACAUAAGAAUGUGAUUAUUGUAUAAUACAUAGCGAAGAAAUGUUUGCAUCAUUUUAUAAAAAACAAAUUAAAUAAAAAUAAAAGUGUUUUUCUAGAA